CAGCCCAGCAACUCGUCACCUCUCCGUCUCCCUCAGACCUCAGCCCAAGCCCCUCCACUCCCGUUCCCCCCGUCGCCCUCGCCCCAUACCCCGAGGGCACCGGCACCGCCGCCACCCGCGCCGGUCGUCGCAACCCGCGCAGCCCCGCCUCCGGACGCCGGCCGCCACCCGCCGCCGGCCGCCUGAUUCUGGGCGCCUAGGGCCCUGGGCGAGCGCGCGUCUCCCGCGUCCCGCCGGCGCCGUACGCGGGCACGCAGCCGCAGCAAGCCAGCAAACCCGGCGCACCGGCGCCGCACGGUCGCCCCGACCCUCACUGGCAGUAGCAGUACCAGUACUGCUCACUGGUGUCUGGACUGCCCUAGUUUCAAUUCCUGGGUCCGCCACUGCCUCCUACAGUCCAAGGUCGGUCGAUUUCGGUGCUCCAGAAGCCCAACUGCUCGUCUAGCGGGUCUCCUCUACGCUGUGGUCCGCUUGCCUACUCGCCUUCCAUCUCUCCUACAUAUUGUUUUGGUAGCAGCGGGUAGGGUGUUCGACAAAGUGCCUCUGAGACCGGCUGUGCUGGUUUCUGUCCCGCUGCGCCCAGGACGAUGGUGGGGCUAUCGGAAGGGGAGAAGCACUUCAUCCGCGGCGGCAUCGCGCAGGACAUUCGCACCGACGGCCGCAGGCGGCUGCAGUUCCGGGCACUCUCCGUCGAGACCGGAGUCAUCCCGCAGGCGAAUGGUUCAGCGCGCGUCAGAUUGGGUGCCACGGAGAUCAUCGCUAGUGUGAAGGCUGAAUUGGGGAAACCAAACAUUCUUCACCCUGACAAAGGAAAAGUUUCUAUUUUUGUUGACUGUAGUCCAACUGCUGAGCCUACAUUUGAGGGUAGAGGUUCAGAAGAAUUGUCUACUGAGCUGUCUGUUGCCCUGCAAAGAUGCCUCCUAGGUGGUAAAAGUGGUGCAGGUGCUGCAAUUGAUCUGUCAUCCCUAAUUGUUGUUGAGGGAAAGGUAUGCUGGGAUCUGUACAUUGAUGGACUCGUGGUCAGUUCUGAUGGUAACCUACUAGAUGCGUUAGCCGCUGCAAUAAAGGUUGCUUUGAGUGAUACAGGUAUACCAAAAGUUAAUGUUUCUCUUAGUGCUGCGUCUGAUGAGGAACCUGAGGUUGAUGUAAGCAAUGAGGAAUUUCUGCAGUUCGACACCUCCAGUGUGCCUGUUAUCAUUACAUUAACCAAGGUGGGUCGGCACUACAUUGUUGACGCUACCUCAGAGGAAGAAUCCCAGAUGAGUUCUGCAGUGUCGGUAUCAUUCAACAGGAAUGGCCAAGUAUGCGGGCUAACCAAGAGGGGUGGUGCAGGGCUGGACCCAAGCGUCAUCUUCGAUAUGAUAUCAGUGGCCAGGCAUGUGAGCCAGCAGUUCAUAGCUCACUUGGACUCAAAGAUAUCUGCUGCUGAAGCUGCUGCUGAGUGAAGGGGGGCAAAUAGCAGGGAAGAGGUUCUAAUACACAUGCGCCCAAUCUUAGUGACCUGCUGCCCACAAAAAAGGGGGGGGAAAUCUUAGGGACUUGCUUAGAAGAGAAGGAUUGUUGUAGGAAUAUUUAGGAUUUGGUUCAAGUUUAUGCCAGUAAAUCCUAAGGAUUUGGAUCCAAUAAUUCCUUUCCAAACAGUAGUGUGUUGCAUGGCUGGGCCUAGAAGAAACAUAAGCUGAUAUGCAAAGUUUUGGUGAUGUAGAGAAAUGUCUCAUAUAUGCAUAAUAUUGUUUCUACA